AAACUAGAUCCAAUUAUAUAACAAAAAUGUAUAGCUUUGAAUAUAAAAUAUCCAGUCCUUUGAAUAUAAAAUAUCUGUUUCUUAAUAGCAUCUGUAUGUUUGUAUGUGGGAGAGAAAAAAUAUGAAUACUAUUUCCUCUUUUGUAUCCGAUUUUUUUGACUCAGCUUACCAUCUAUGUUGUGGGAGGGGUUGGGGUAAGAUUUACAGUGAGAUGCAUUUAUGUAAUUCAUUUAACAAAUAUAUUUUGAUUACCUGCUUUGUACAAGGUAAUAUGCUAGGUGCUGGAGAUAAAACAGUAAAAUUAAAUAGUCUUUAUCUUCACUGAAUUUAAAUUCCAGCAGAUAGUUUAAGAUAAUUUGAGUUUAAAUUUUGUUUCAUUGCAUACCUUGAAAGCCCAAAAGAAUUCACUGAAAAAUUAUUAUAAAUAGAGAAUUCAGUAAAGUGGCUGUUUACAAAAUAGGCAAAGAUGAAUAGUAUUCUAGUAAGAAAAUGUAAUGGAAGAAAAGAAAAAAUAUAUGAGUAAUAUUUACAUGUGUAAAAUUUGCAUGAUAGGAACUUUAAAAUACUACUGAGGGAUCUAAAGUAAGAUUCAGAGUAUUUUUUUCAAAUCUGACAUGCUGAUUAUGAGUUGAACUGUUCUUUUUUUUUUUGGUAAUACAAUACUAAGAUAAACUGCUACCAGUACAUCAGAUGUAAUAGUCUCUUAGGACUGAGAAUGUUUUUUUUAAUUUACCAAAAGAAUUCUUGAGCUUAUUUUUGUAUUUUUGGUUAUUUUAUCAUAUAUCUCUUAUGCAAUUAUAAAAAUGAAAAUAUAAGCAAAAUGUAUCAGGUAAGAUAUUACUAAUGCUUCACAUUUCGAAUCUAAUUCUUUGCGAUCAGUUUUAUAAUUUGGUGUCAUCAGAAUUGGUUUUUUCCCCUCCCACACACAAUUGUCCUUUGUAACAUUAAGAACAUUAAUAAUGUCGGGGCGCCUGGGUGGCUCAGUCGGUUGAGCGUCCGACUUCGGCUCAGGUCAUGAUCUCACCGUCCGUGCGUUCCAGCCCCGCAUCGGCCUCUGUGCUGAUGGCUCAGAGCCUGGAGCCUGUUUCAGAUUCUGUGUCUCCCUCUCUCUCAGACCCUCCCCCGUUCAUGCUCUGUCUCUCUAUGUCUCAAAAAUAAAUAAACGUUAAAAAAAAAAAAAGAACAUUAAUAAUGUAGUAUUUGUUGAAAGAAUUUUGUUUCAAAUCACUGACACCUUUUAGUUUUGAUGCUUGCACUUUCCUGAUCUUACCAGAAGGUGUCAGCAAAGGUUUUCUGGCAAUAUCAUCGCUUAUAUUUCUUCUUAAAUGGUCCUUAAAUGGUUUGAUAAGUGAAGUGACCAGGAAUUACAGUUACCUGUCAUACCAUCAGGAAUAAUUACUUCUAUGACUGCCACCUGGCUGACAGUGAUUAAAAGGUCUAUGGGAUUAUGAGAUGCAUUCGUAUCUUAGAAAUGUAUAUAUGUUAGAAUUGGUAAAAUAUGACAUAUAAUGAAAAAGCAUAAUUUGCACUCAGUGGAAUGAUUCUAAAAUACAAUAAUACAAUGUCAUGCUCUUUAAUUUUAGUCCAUAAUUUAGUGUUUCCCCCAACCCCAAAAUGCCAGCAGCCAAUUCCAAAGUUUAUAUGGCCCAGGAAUUUCACUACUUGUAAGCAUGAACUCACGAUGUCAAAUAAUAUAUGUACAAGGUUGUUUAAUGCAUUAUUUUAUAAUAAUAGUAAAAUAUUUAAAACCAUCAAAAUGUCUUUUUUUACAGGACUGAAUAAAUUUUGGCAUAUUGAUACAAUGGAAUAUUUUCCCCCAUUAAAAAGAAAGAAGUGGCUUUAUUACAUAUUAAAAUGGAACAAGUCUUCAACUUACUUUGUUAAAUCAAAAAAAUGAAGAAUAGUGUGUAUAGAGUACCAUAGUUUGGGUUAAAAUAAAUUUAAAAAACUGUAUAUGAUACAAUAUGUAUAAGUGACUCUGGAAGAAUAAGUAGUAAACUGUAAGAGUGGUUGCCUCCUCAGAGAGAAAGUUAGGAGGUGGGCGGUGUGGCAGAUGCUGUGUGGUAAAUACCCAACAACUGUUCAACCACCCUAUCUAUUCCUUGCCAACAGGAUUUUAAUUUUGUUGACUGUGGCAAUAGGUUCCAAUCCAGGAGUUACAGGAGGAUGGUUUAAACUAGUCUUGAUAAUCCUAUUUCUAUUAUCCAGAUACUUAGUUCUUCAGUCUUUCUUGAAACUAGAGAUGGCAAUGUGAAAAUUGUCUUAUGAGAAAUAUAGUAGCCAUCAGAGAAGAUAAUGAAAUGAGUCUUACAAUUUUCACUUGUUUAUUCCAACAUCAAGUGAAUACAAGAACUCAUGAAUGCUUAUUGAAUGCUCAAGAUGUCCUUAAAACCUCUAAAUUCUAUGAUAAUUGACCACUGUGACAAUAGAACAUAGGUCAUUAAAAUGCAUUCCAUUGCAAUAAGUUGGCAGGAGUUCAGACAGUUCUGUGAGAAUUUGUUUAACUGUGUAGAUUAAAUGGAAAUAUAUUUUCUCUAAUAAAACUUGUCAAAAUGAGAAAGAAUCAACUAUUGACAAUCAUGGGAUAACUACAUAGGCACUCAGCAUCUCGAUGAAAACUGUCGGAAAAGAAAAACUUUCAGAGUCAUUCUGCUCUCAGAGUACCCAAGCCAACUAAACUGGCCUUUCUAUAUAGAGCCCACAAACAUCGUCAAUGUGAAUGAUGUCAUUCAGAGGGUUAGCGACCAUGCCUCUGCCAUGAACAAGAGGAUUCAUUACUACAGCCGGCUCACCGCUCCUGCAGACAAGGCACUGAUUGCUCCAGAUCAUGUAGUUCCAGCUCCAGAAGAGUGCUAUGUAUAUAGUCCAUUGGGUUCUGCUUAUAAACUCCAAAGUUACACUGAAGGAUAUGGUAAAAACACCAGUUUAGUAACCAUUUUUAUGAUUUGGAAUACCAUGAUGGGAACAUCUAUACUAAGUAUUCCUUGGGGCAUGAAACAGGCUGGCUUUACUACUGGAAUGUGUGUCAUCAUGCUGAUGGGCAUUUUAACACUUUAUUGCUGCUAUAGAGUAGUGAAAUCACGAGCUAUGAUAUCAUCAGUGGAUACCACUACCUGGGAAUAUCCAGAUGUCUGCAGAUAUUAUUUUGGCUCCUUUGGACAGUGGUCAAGUCUCCUUUUCUCUUUGGUGUCUCUUAUUGGAGCAAUGAUAGUUUAUUGGGUGCUUAUGUCUAAUUUUCUUUUUAAUACUGGAAAGUUUAUUUUUAAUUUUAUUCAUCACAUUAAUGACACAGAUGCUGUACUGAGUACCAAUGAUAGCAACCCGGUGAUUUGUCCAAGUGCUGGGAGUGGUGGCCACCCUGACAAUGGCUCUAUGAUUUUCUAUGCCAAUGACACAGGACUGCAGCAGUUUGAAAAGUGGUGGAAUAAGUCUAAGACAGUGCCCUUUUACCUCAUAGGGCUCCUGCUGCCACUGCUCAAUUUCAAAUCUCCUUCAUUUUUUUCAAAAUUUAAUAUCCUAGGCACAGUAUCUGUUCUCUAUUUGAUUUUCCUUGUCACCUUGAAGGCCAUUCGCUUGGGAUUUCAUUUGGAAUUUCAUUGGUUUAUGCAAACAGAAUAUUUUGUACCAGAGAUAAGAUUUCAGUUUCCACAGCUGACUGGAGUGCUUACCCUUGCUUUCUUUAUUCAUAAUUGUAUUAUCACACUCUUGAAGAACAACAAGAAUCAAGAAAAUAAUGUGAGAGACUUGUCCAUUGCUUAUAUGCUGGUGACAUUAACCUACCUCUAUAUUGGAGUCCUGGUUUUUGCUUCAUUUCCUUCACCACCAUUAACCAAAGACUGCAUAGAGCAGAAUUUUUUAGACAACUUCCCUAGCAGUGACAUCCUGUCCUUCAUUGCAAGGAUAUUCCUGCUGUUCCAGAUGAUGACUGUAUACCCACUCCUAGGCUAUUUGGCUCGAGUUCAGCUAUUGGGCCAUGUCUUCGGUGACAUUUAUCCUAGCGUUUUCCACGUGCUGAUUCUUAAUCUAAUUAUUGUGGGAGCUGGAGUAAUCAUGGCCUGUUUCUACCCAAACAUAGGAGGAAUCAUAAGGUAUUCAGGAGCAGCAUGCGGCCUGGCCUUUGUAUUCAUAUACCCAUCUCUCAUCUAUAUAAUUUCCCUCCACCAAGAAGACCGUCUGACAUGGCCGAAAUUAAUCUUUCACGUUUUCAUCAUCAUUUUGGGCCUGGCUAAUUUGAUUGUUCAGUUUUUGAUGUGAAAUACUCAAUGUUUUCUCAAGAUCUUUUGUGGUAUUUUCAACUUUGAUAACAAUUCCACAUAAAUUCACUUGUAAAUGGUGUUAUUGCUGUAAUUCUAAAUGUUUUCCUAAGAUAAUUUGGGGGGAAACAAAGGGAAAUGGAGGUCCAUUAAUAAGUAAUUUUGAUUAGAGUGGAAAAGGGGGCAAUGAUCUUUAUCUUUUUUCAUAUUCACCACCUCCUCAUUCUCACUGUCUUUUCUGAGUAGAAGCAUAAGCCCUUAGGAAAAAUCACGCUGGUUUUUGCUUUUACAGUUUUAAGGUGCAUAGGUUUAUUUUGACUACAGUAAAGAUUCUCAGGGUGUCACAGCAACUAUUGCCAGAUGCUAUUUCUGUUUUAUGUUUGAAUGUAUUCACUUUCAUUUUAUUACUUGCUAGAUCAUUUCUGCAGUUUGUCCAAACAUUUACUGUUUGGGACAGUAAACCAAAUACCUCAUUUUUAAAAAGAAAUUUCCAUGGCAUCAGUGUUAAUAGAGUGAACUCUUAACUGCAUCCUUAAUCUCUGUUUAAAAGAGAGAAAGAAUGUCAGUAUAGGCUUUGUGGUCAUGAAAUUUACACAAAAUAAAAGAACUGGGAGAGUUUA